CUCCGGCCGCGAACCGGAUCCGCCGCCUCGCUUUUCCUCGUCUUCGCCGCUGCUCCCGGCUGCAUCUCCGGCUCCUCCCCCGCGCCGGCACCAGCAGGCAAGGAUCCCCCCUAGCACCAGGGUGAACUACAUGUGAGUGCAUUUGAUCAUUUCCUGUAGCCAAGAUUCAUCUGAAUCUUGUAAAGCUGCUUUGCUGGAGUGCUUCUGCCUUUAAGCCACAAGAAUAAACAGGCCCAGUCUACGUAAGAAGCAUACAUUUCUAUGCCUGGGUUAUAUGACAGCAAAAAUCCUACAAGAAGCUACUUCAGAAAUAUAUGCAGUCCAUGUUACAUCAGAGUGAGAGCUGUUAAGUCUCUUGUGAAGUAUACUUGACUUACGAUAUUCAUAAUGGAGACCUCAUUUCCCAAAAGACAAUGCGUCAGAGACUUUAUAAAAAUUGUCUCCUUGUGUUUCAUUUUAAUAUGCCUUGUAGCUUUAGUUGAUCCAACUCAAGACUAUUACAGUUUACUUGGAAUAUCCAAAGAAGCAACAAGUAGAGAAAUCAGGCAGGCUUUUAAAAAGUUGGCUCUAAAACUGCAUCCUGAUAAGAACCAGAACAAUCCAGAGGCACAUGAAAAUUUCUUGAAAAUAAACCGAGCUUAUGAAGUAUUAAAAGAUGAAGAUUUGAGAAAGAAGUAUGAUAAAUAUGGUGAGAAAGGUCUAGAAGAUCACCAGGAAGGAGGUCGCUAUGAAAGCUGGAACUUUUACCGCUAUGAUUUUGGUAUCUAUGAUGAUGAUCCUGAAAUCAUAACAUUAGAUAGAGGAGAAUUUGAUGCUGCUGUUGGUUCUGGAGAACUGUGGUUUGUAAAUUUCUAUUCUCCUCGAUGUUCACAUUGCCAUGAUUUAGCACCCACGUGGAGAGAAUUUGCUAAAGAAAUGGAUGGAUUAAUACGCAUCGGUGCCGUCAACUGUGGUGAUAACAGAAUGCUUUGCUGGAGUAAGGGAAUCAAUAGUUACCCUAGCCUCUAUGUCUUCAAAAGUGGAAUGAAUCCAGUGAAAUUUUAUGGUGACAGAUCAAAAGAGAGUUUAACAAAUUUUGCCAUGCAGUAUGUCACAAGCACAGUGACAGAACUAUGGGCAGGAAAUUUUGCUAACACUGUUGAAACUGCAUUUGCUUCUGGUAUUGGCUGGUUAAUUACCUUUUGCACUGAACAAGGAGAUUGUUUGACUUCUCGAACACGCCUUAAACUGGCUGGCAUGUUGGAAGGCCUGGUUAAAGUAGGCUGGAUGGACUGUGCCACCCAGGGUGAGCUUUGUGGUAGUUUGGAUAUCUCAUCUAGCACAACAGCGUAUUUUCCACCCGGAGCCACCUUAACUAAUAAAGAGAAAGGAGGUGUUUUGUACGUGAACUCUUUAGAUACAAGAGAAAUAUAUUUGGAAGUCAUGAAGCACCUUCCAGACUUUGAUACAAUCCUGGCAUCUACUUUAGAGGAUCAUGUGGCCCACCAUCGAUGGUUAAUAUUCUUUCAGUUUGGCAAAAACAGCAAGUCAGAUACCCAUGACCUUAAGAAGUUAAGUGUUCUCCUUAAAGCUGAAAAUAUUCAAGUUGGGAAGUUUGACUGUCUUACUGCUGCUAAUAUUUGUAACAGUCUGUAUGUUUAUGAACCAUGUGUAGUGGUGUUUAAAGGACGAGGAAUGGAUAACUAUGAAAUCCACCAUGGGAAAAAUAUUCUGUAUGAUUUAGUGGCCUUUGCCAAGGAGAGCGUGAAUUCUCACGUCAUUACACUUGGACCUCAAAAUUUUCCUGGCAAGAAGAAAGAACCAUGGCUUGUUGAUUUUUUUGCACCUUGGUGUCCUCCUUGCCGGGCUUUAUUGCCAGAACUGAGGAAAGCAUCAAAGCAUCUGUAUGGCCAACUAAAGUUUGGGACAUUGGAUUGUACAGUUCAUGAAGGGAUUUGCAAUUUGCAUAACAUUAGAGCUUAUCCAACUACUGUGGUAUUCAAUCAGUCUCACAUGCAUGAAUAUGGAGGACAUCACUCAGCUGAACAGAUCUUGGAAUUUAUUGAGGAUCUUAUGAAUCCAUCAGUGAUAUCCCUAACACCAGAUACCUUCGCUGAGCUAGUGAAGAAAAGGAAGAAUAACGAAAUCUGGAUGGUUGAUUUUUAUGCUCCAUGGUGUGGUCCCUGCCAAGCUUUAAUGCCAGAAUGGAAGAAGAUGGCAAGGUUGCUGAAUGGACUGGUUGUAGUCGGUAGUGUGGACUGCCAAAAAUAUUUUUCUCUGUGUCAUCAAGAAAACAUUCAAGGCUAUCCUGAAAUAAGGCUGUUCCCACAAAAAUCGUCUUCCUCUUAUCAGCACUAUAGCUACAAUGGCUGGCAUCGAGAUGCCAAUUCAUUGCGAAAAUGGGCACUUGGUUAUCUGCCUCGAGUGUCUCUGGACCUGACACCUCAGAGCUUCAGUGAUAAAGUUCUGAAUGGAAAGGAUCACUGGGUCAUUGACUUCUAUGCGCCUUGGUGUGGCCCUUGCCAAAAUUUUGCUCCAGAGUUUGAGAUAUUAGCAAAGACUGUUAAAGGAAAAGUGAAAGCUGGCAAAGUUGACUGCCAAGCCUAUGCUCAUACGUGUCAAUCUGCUGGAAUCAGAGCCUAUCCCACAGUUAAAUUUUAUCCUUAUCAAGGAACAAAGAAAAAUAUUUUGGGAGAGCAGAUUGACAGCCAUGAUGCAAAAGUCAUAACUGAACUACUGAUGGAGAAAGUGAAAAGCCUUAAAAAAAAGAAAAAACAGUCUUCCAGAAAAAAGGAUGAACUCUAACUUAUGAAAUGAAUUCAAAUCAUAGUGAAUCUGCAGCAGUGGCUGAUCAGAUCAUGUUCCUCAAGAAGAAAAGGAAAUGCACUGAAAUUCCUGGACAGGUGGAUCUUGGAUGACUAUUA